AACAGAAGGCUACGUCAUAGUCAUGCGCGCAAAAGCUUACAACACAGCGCUGCCUCGUUUUUCGUCGACACAAAAAUAAUACGCGUAAUUGCAGAUAACAAUGACGACUUUAACCAGACAGGAUCUUAAUUUCGGUCAAGUGGUUGCAGACAUCUUGUGUGAGUUCCUCGAGGUUGCCAUUCACCUCAUUCUCUAUGUCCGUGAAGUCUAUCCCUCUGGAAUAUUUCAGAAGAGAAAGAAAUAUAACGUUCCCGUGCAGAUGUCACGCCACCCUGAGCUGAAUCAGUACAUCCAAGACACACUCCACUGUGUGAAGCCACUCAUUGAAAAGAAUGACGCAGAAAAAGUGGUGGUUGUCAUCAUGGAUAAGGAGCACCAUCCUGUUGAGAGAUUUGUCUUCGAGAUCUCACAACCUCCCCUCCUGUCCAUCAGUUCAGAUACUUUGCUUUCACAUGUGGAGCAGCUGCUCCGGGCAUUCAUUCUGAAGAUUAGUGUGUGUGAUGCUGUUUUAAGUAAUAAUCCACCAGGGUGUUCAUUUACCGUGCUGGUUCACACAAGAGAUGCUGCGACUCGUAACAUGGAAAAGGUCCAAGUUAUCAAGGAUUUCCCGUGGAUAGUUGCAGAUGAGCAGGAAGUCCACAUGCAGGAGCCCAGACUCAUUCCUCUGAAAACCAUGACGUCAGACAUUGUAAAGAUGCAGCUUUAUGUAGAAGAGAGAGCACAAAAAACAUAGAAUCUCCUGGAGAGUUCUGCAACCAGACAUGAAAUUGCUUUGUUUAUAUAUGUGUGUGGAUUGUCUUUGUGAGGAUCAUGACAACCUUUUAAAGAACUGCAAACUGUUUUUAUCAUGUGAUGUGUUUGUCUUGACUGUAUCUGUUAAACUGACAUGCCAUAAUAAAAAAUAA